AAUGGAAUUGUCGAAAAAUUUAAUAUAUGUCGUGGUGCGGAUUAUUUUGUGAAUUAUAAAUUAACUUAAAGCACUUUGAUGGUUUAAAGACAAAUCUUAUUUAAUAAUGUCAGUGUUCGUUACAUUGUUUUGAAAAAUGUCACAAAACUGUUAUAUGAGAAAUAAUUGUAACAGAAAAUACGUUUACUGAAAACAACAGCUGACUUAAUUUAUAAGUGUGGUGGUUAUAUAGAUAUUCAAAAUGGUUUUAGCAGAUUUAGGUCGAAAAAUAACAACAGCUCUACAGUCUCUCAGUCGAGCAACUAUAAUCAAUGAAGAGGUACUGAAUUCUAUGCUAAAGCAGAUUUGUGCUGCUCUAUUAGAGGCUGAUGUAAAUAUUCGUUUAGUCAAAAAUCUCAGAGAAAAUGUUCGAGCAGUCAUUGAUUUUGACGAAAUGGCGGGAGGGCUCAACAAACGACGGAUGAUACAGUCCGCUGUAUUCAAAGAACUGGUCAAGCUGGUAGAUCCAGGUGUAAAACCUUACCAACCUGUUAAGGGAAAGCCAAAUGUCAUUAUGUUUGUUGGUUUACAAGGUUCUGGCAAAACUACCACCUGUACCAAACUUGCCUAUCAUUAUCUAAGGAAAAACUGGAAAUCAUGCUUAGUUUGUGCUGAUACAUUCAGAGCUGGUGCUUACGAUCAGGUUAAACAGAAUUGUACCAAGGCAAGAAUACCAUUUUAUGGCAGUUAUACCGAAGUAGAUCCAGUAGUGAUUGCUUCAACUGGAGUUGACAUGUUCAAAAAGGAAGGCUUUGAAAUGAUCAUAGUGGACACCAGCGGACGACACAAGCAGGAGGAAUCGCUUUUCGAGGAGAUGUUGGCAGUUGCUACAGCUAUUAAACCCGACAACAUCAUAUUUGUGAUGGACGCGACAAUUGGUCAAGCUUGUGAGUCCCAAGCCCGCGCUUUCAAGGAUAAAGUAGAUAUCGGUUCAGUCAUCAUCACCAAGUUAGACGGUCAUGCUAAGGGUGGGGGUGCAUUAUCAGCUGUAGCGGCAACACAAAGUCCUAUAAUAUUCAUUGGUACUGGAGAACAUAUUGAUGACUUGGAGCCAUUCAAAACAAAGCCGUUUAUCAAUAAACUGUUGGGUAUGGGAGACAUUGAGGGUCUACUUGAUAAAGUCCAUGAGUUAAAACUUGAUGAUAACGAUGAGCUCUUAGAGAAGCUGAAGCAUGGUCAGUUCACAUUGAGGGCCAUGUAUGAACAGUUUCAGAACAUCAUGAAAAUGGGACCGUUCUCUCAGAUCAUGGGCAUGAUCCCGGGAUUCUCUCAAGAUUUAAUGUCGAAGGGAAGUGAACAGGAAUCCAUGGCAAAACUGAAACGGCUCAUGACCAUUAUGGACUCUAUGAAUGAAGGUGAAUUGGAUCAUCGUGAUGGAGCUAAGUUAUUUUCGAAGCAGCCCACUCGAAUUACCAGGGUCGCGCAAGGUGCUGGUGUGACUGAGAGGGAUGUUAAAGAUCUUAUAGCCCAGUACACUAAAUUUGCGGCGGUGGUAAAGAAAAUGGGCGGCAUCAAAGGUUUAUUCAAGGGUGGUGAUAUGGCUAAGAACGUUAACCAGACUCAAAUGGCCAAGCUCAAUCAACAGAUGGCCAAGAUGAUGGACCCAAGGAUUCUCCAACAAAUGGGCGGUAUGUCGGGCCUGCACAACAUGAUGAGACAGUUACAACAAGGUUCGAGCGGCAUGAACAGUUUAAUGGGCGGCAAAUGACCCAAGUAAAUCUAUUCCAAAAUCCACCGAGCUGCAGUGUUUCAAAGUUUACGUUUAAUAAAGUUUGGUCAAAUGCUAUAUAUAUCUUUUAUUAAAUUGCGAUACACAAUACACUUUUUUUAUAUGAAAUCCAGUGCUGUAAGUAAUUCUAAAAGCGGAUCAUCAGUCGGCAUACCAUACCAUCUAACAAAAAACGUUUUUAUGAUACCUAUAUGUAAGUAUUAAAUAAAAUACAUAAUCAAUUA